AUGCAGCGCAAGAGGACACCCCCGCCGUCCACAUCUCCUACUCGCAACCUCCCACCUCGGCUGACAGUCCCUCCCCUUCCUCCGCGCAUUCACCGCAAGCUUGCCGUCGCCGCCACCGAUGAUGGCCUCGUUAUCCGCCCGCUCGUGGGUUCCGGUGAAGCCGUCCUCGUUCGCUGGGGUCUGAGGGGCAAGGUCGAGGCUGUGGAUCGCAGCGAUCUGGAAGGAGAAGUUGAGCUUGGUGGUAUUAUCGGCAUUGUUCGCCUAUGGGACGCCGCCUACCUUGUUGUCUUCCUCCCUCCAUCAAAGGCACCCACAGCCUUGUUCCCCAGCGACGACCCAUUCUCCACAGAUAAAGAGAACGAGUACACUGCCAAUGAGGUCUACACCCUCAAGGACGUACAUGCCAUCCCCCUCGUCCCCGAGCGUGCAAAGACUCAUCUCACCCACCUUGCGGGCAUCAACGCCAAACGUGCACCCAAACCACCAAAGACUAAGCCGACACCGGGCGAUGGAACCAGGACACCGUCCAAGACUGGAGGCCUGAACUUGAAGUGGUCUCUUCCAUGGACGCCUGCGUCGGGUGCUGCGACACCGGAAGCCGAAUCGUCCUCUGAGGAGGAGGAUGACGACGCCGACGAUGACGGUGAUGACACUUCUUUUGACGGCGACUUUGAGACGACUCGUUCUCGCCGCGUUUCUUCUAUCGCUCCCGAGGCCGACGAAUCUCCUUGUGACCUCCCUCCGCCGUUUGAGACCCCCGAAGCCCGCGUCAAGAAACGCUUCAGCCUUGGCUGGGGUCGGUUUACUCCUCGUCUUGGCAAGCCCCUUACAGCCAUCAAGGUCAUCACCGCUCUCAAGGUCGGCGCUGCAGCCAAGAGGGCUGCCAACGCUGAGGAAACCGAAGCUACCGAGGAGGACACACCCAAUGAAGCGCAAGAGCCGGUCGACGAGGCUGAAGCCGCCCAGCAACGCGGCCCAUUGUUCCCCGAGGAGGAUGAGACACCCGCCCCAGUGGAAAGUACUGUGGACCCAUCCGCCAUCCCGGAAGCACCUCCCGCUGCCAAGGAAGCACCUGCACCUCCCCCUCCAAUGGAAGCCUCUCACCGCCGUGAGCUUGAGACCAAGAUCCUCAAGCAGAUCACACGUGAGCUCGGCUCUGGCGAGUUCUACUACUCCUUUGACUACGACCUCUCCCACACUCUGCAGUACAAGUGGCACCGCAUGGCGUCCAAGAAUGUGUCUGCUGGCCUGCUCGACCAGCUCCUCAAGGAAUCGUCGCCAUCCGAGACCAAACCAUUCUUCCCUCCCUCCCCGGAGAACAGCAAGCCUCCGACCAUCAAGCCCGGCGAGGAGGCGUCCACACCGCCAAAGGGAUGGAAAUCUGAUGGCGAGAUCAUCGAGCCCGACGUCCAUGUCCCCUUGUGGCGGAGGUUUGACCGCCGCUUCUUCUGGAACGAGUGGCUCGCUCGCGACUUUAUGAACCAGGGACUGCACGCCUAUGUCCUGCCUAUCUCGCAGGGCUACGUCCAGGCGUCGCGUUUUACUGUCCCCGUCACACCGAGCGUGACGGACGAGGCGCCUCAACCAGACAUUCCCGUUGACCUUGUCCUCAUUUCGAGACGCAGCCGCGAGCGCGCAGGAUUGCGCUACCAGCGCCGCGGUAUUGACGACGACGGCAACGUCGCCAACUUUGUUGAAACGGAGAUGUUGUUGCGUGUGAAGACCUUCGGUCAGAGCAGCCUCUUCAGCUUUGUUACCAUUCGCGGAAGCAUCCCUUUGCGAUGGCAUCAGACACCAUGGUCGAUGAAGCCCCCACCAGAGCUUGACCUGCCCGUCAACAAGACGUACUCGGUCGCCAGCCUGCACUUUGAUGACCUGCGAGGACGCUACGGCCCAGUCACAAUUAUCAACCUCUCGGAACAAACUGGCAAGGAAGCUGCCGUUACCAACGGCUAUGGCGAACUUGUCGAGAGUCUCGACCGCCCGGACCUCAAGUAUGUCCCCUUCGACUUCCAUGCCAAGUGCCACGGCAUGGCCUGGGAGAACAUCGGCGAGCUCGUAAAGGGCCUCGACUUUGACAAGAUGGGAUACGUGUGGUCGCUUCAAGGCGAACUUCUGCGCGAGCAGCACGGCGUCUUCCGCACCAACUGUAUCGAUUGCUUGGACCGUACCAAUGUGGUCCAGUCUGCACUGGCGCGCCACGUCCUCAACCAGAUGCUCACACAGGUGGGCGUCGUCCUCGACCCAAGCACAUGCAAUGUGGAGUCCGUCUUCAACGACAUGUGGGCCAACAAUGGCGACAUGAUCAGCCUGUGCUACGCGCACACGUCGGCACUCAAGGGCGACUUUGUGCGUACCGGCAAGCGCGACCUCCAGGGCAUGCUGCAUGAUGGUGUCUCGUCCCUAAGCCGCAUGUUCUACGGAGCCGUGUCCGAUUUCUUCGCCCAGGCAGUCAUCUCGUUCAUGCUUGGCCACCGCAACUUGGGCGUGUUCAACGAGUUUAUCGAGAACCUCGAGAGCACCGAGGCCAGCGCGCUCAUCAAGCAGAGCCGUAUCCGUGCCGCUGCCAUCGUGACGAGCUCUGCUCGUGUGCUGAGUGAAGGCGAGACGCGUAUUGCCGGUUGGACGCUGCUCUCUCCCGAAGAGCGCAACACCAAGAUCAGCACCAAGCUCGAGGAGAAGGUGCUCCUCCUUACCAAGGUCGCCGUCUACGUUGUCUCGUUCAACUACUCGCUGGAAAAGGUCAACGAGUUUACGCGUAUCCCCCUCAAAUCCAUCACAUCUAUUGAGAAGGGUGCAUACAUUCUCUCCGCUCUGCAAGAGGCAAGCCGCGAUCCUGCAGAGAACUCCGGCUUUGUUAUCAACUUCUCUCCCGCGGACGAGGACCGGCGCUUCAGCACCUACUCUCUCCGCAACCGCGCGCCAACGUCCCCCAACGUCACGACAGCCGACCUCCCGGAACGGUCUCCUUCACUCAGGCGCUUGUCCUUUUCGUCACCAAGGUCGAUCAAGUCCCCUCUCUCACGCUCUCGCUCCCGAGCCAGCUCGCGGGCCUCGUCCAAGCUCCGCAACGAUACGCCGAUGGCCCAUGUUGAGCAUUCCCCCAUCGACCCCGAUGCGGCCCAGUUCUUCGCGUUCAAGGCGCUUCCACGUGAAUUUGCGCCGCCACCGACGACCUCGGACGACGACGAAGAGUACGAAGACGUGGUGCUCGAGGCCAACGAGACGUGCCGGGCCACUGUCGACCGCGUCACCCGCCGCAUCAAGGACGCAUGCGUGCGUCUUGGGGGCGAUGAGGAGGACUUUGUCGUCGAGAAAGAUGUUGUGAGCGUGUCCGACGCCGAGUACAACACGACGCUACUGGCUAGGAUGGACUAUGCCGUCAGAAGGUUCUUGUGGCUGUAG